CUCGUCUUCCUCCCGUGACACCCCCCAGCCCCCGGCGGCCAGAAACAGAGUCGCCCUGGUUCGGUGCGUUGUCCAAAUUCAGAUGAGCCGCCGGCCAAGAAUCCCCGAAACACCCCGUAUCGACUGGUAUGGGAUAGCGUCACUCGUCUGGACCUCUCUCUCUCUCUCUCUCCUCCGCUCGCCCCGACACUGUUCUCCACCACGAGACCCACCCGAGAGCGGCCGCGCCGGCGAUCCCCCUUCCACCGCCGCGAGCAGCAACACCGGGCCUGGCUGUCGCGACCACCCCUCAUUCGCCAUCUUUCUUUCAAACAAGGAGGGCAAGCACGUCGACGCUCCUUUUGAUCUGGUUCAUUCAUGCCCAAUUAGUCCGUGCAGGAGGCGGAUCCUAUCUUCAACCAACAAGGCCGGACCGCUGGGUUCAAAUCUGUUGCGGAGGAGGAUUCCUGAUGGUAUCCGAACCAACAGAGGAUUGUCUAAUCCGGUUCGUCCUAGUCCCCGUUUCUGUCUUCUUGGUAAGUUACCCAAGAGCAGCUGCAAGGCCGGCCGCCUGUCUCAAUAAGUAGCCUAUUGACUACAACUCCGGCCGCCGGCCUCAACAACUACUCCAGAUAGCAGCUGCAAGGCCGGCGCCAUGGAGUCAACCUGCAACACCAUCAUCAGAGAUGAAGAUAGCACUACUGCAAGCGAAAACGAAGACAGGAUCAGCGCGCUGCCCGACCAUCUUCUGCUCAAAAUCCUCGAAUGCCUUUACAUGCCCACGGCAGUUCAGACCGGCGUGCUCUCCACACGAUGGAGGCACCUCCCGCAUCAGCUCUCCAAUCUGCAAAUUAGUGCUCAAGACUUUCCAGGCACACUAGUGGAUCAGAUAAUGACCGAGUACACCGACGCGACAAGGAGAUUUCUAUCUCCUCCGCCUUGUGGAUGCAAUCGGGUCAUCAAGAUCCUGCAGCUCUGCUUCUACCUAGCAGACCCUUACUUGUCCUCCAUCGCUCAUGCCGUCGGGGAUGCCGUGAAGAUCGGCGUACCAGAAUACCUCGAGUUUGCGGCGACUGGCCAUGUUAAAUGUCCAAGUGAGGCUGAACUAGUACUGUUCAGACAGCGCUUUAUGUCCUUCUUCCAUGCUUGCCCUGGUCCCUUCAGUUUGCUCACCAAACUGACGCUGCGGAGCCUUUCUUUUGAAGACUCAGAUAUCCCCAAUAUCCUCAACACCUGCAAUCAACUUAAGCUCCUUUCCUUGAGAUCAUGUCAAAUGGGCCAGGACCCUGUCCUCAAGAUAGAUGCUCCAUGCUCGGAGCUCACAGGACUUGAACUUAUCGACUUUGGGUGUGAACAAGUUGAACUAAUCUCUGCCCCUAAGCUCCUGGAAUUGGUCUAUGAUAGCUGGUGCGGUGAAAACCCCCCAGUGUAUUUUCGCUAUGUCCCUCAGCUUGUUAGAGUAUGCUUCGCUUCUCCUGCCCUAUCUUGGCAGACGCCAUUCACAUUGAGCGAGUGCCUAUCUGGUAACAGAAACCUGUCAAUACUGCAUCUAAAUUUCCGCACUCAAAUGAUUUGGAUUGAACCUGAAGAUCCUCGACAACUUACUCCUAUAUUCAGUAAACUGAGAGAUGUGCAUCUUUACAAUAUCUUUGCAGAGUGUGAUCUGAAUUGGACUAUGUUUAUCCUCGAAGGUGCACCUUCCUUGGAGAACUUUUAUCUAUCUCGGCGUUCAUGUGAGCUCAGUAAGACAGAGGAUAGUGCUGAGAAGACCAAUGUGUUGUGGGAACCGUCCGAGGAUUCGAAGUACUUGAACUUGAAAUUGCUCGUGAUGAACGGUUUUAAGGAGGAAGACAAGGUGAUGAAUUAUGUAAGACUUGUUAUGGUACGAGCUGUCGUCUUGAAGAGAAUCGAGUUGUAUGAUGAAGACCCGUGCAAGUGCAGUGCCAUCAAUCAUGAGCCUCCAAGAUUUCUGGUAGAUGAAGCUAGCAAGCAACGGAUUAGGGAGCAACUCACCCAUGGAUCCUCCUCAUCUGCGGAGAUAAUAAUUGGAUGAUGGACACAGUCCAAGAAUAAUGAAGAGACAAUAACGAUGGAUAACGUCAAUGAGUACUAGUCUCAUAUGAGAAUAAAAGACUGGUUGGCUGUGCCUAACAAGAAAUAAUCCCACUCUGGCUGUUGCUGGAGUGACGUGUUAAGAGUGCUUGCUAUUGUGCAUUAGGCUGUUUUAGCAUUUUAGCAUUUUAGCUGUUUGUGGCCAAGUAUAUUUUUCUAUGUGGGCAAUUUAUGAUUCAUGCACCGUAUACAUUUCUGUUUUACUUUGAAGUUGGCUAUUGUGUGCUGAUCUGUGCAUUUCAAAAUGUAUGUCUUGUAUUUUAUUUAAACAAUGUGUAGUUCUUGUUUAAUUCAUGCUGGGACUGCUCAUUUUCUAUC